CCAACCUGUUGAGUGUCUCAGUGGAUAAGUCUGGGUGUUGGCGCACAGAGCGGAGAGAAGUCGAUGCCUCUGAGUCAGAUAUCCGCCUGCUUUUGAGAAAUCUCCCGUUUCCCCCCUCUGACACACACAGCGUUUGUUUUAGGCACAAAAAGCAUCACAGGUGAAGAUGGCAAAGAUCCAUGCGUUGGUGUUUAUGACCCUCAUGUCGCUGGUGUUGGCAGAAGCACAGGACGCCGAGGAUGACCCAUUUACCUUUGACUACCACAGGCUGCGUGUUGGAGGCCUGAUUCUAGCUGCUGUCCUCUGCCUUAUUGGCAUCACCAUCCUGUUCAGCGGCCACUGCAGGUGCAAGUUCAACCAGGACAAGAGGAGGAGGACAGCAAGCAAUGCUCAGCAGAUGCUCCCCGAAUAAGGUCGUUCCUGUGACUGAUGGAUGUCAAUCAGAAAAGACACACUGAUGUUUGACACCUGCAACCAACAGAACACACCUGGGGGCUUGAAACAUCCAGCGCAAGGAUUUUUAUUUCAUGUUAGAGAGAAGCAGAAAGUAGUUUGUGUGUUCCUGCUGUAAGGAGUGAAGCUUUCUCCCUAAUAACUGAGCUACUGAUCUGAAGCAUGCACACAUUAGUCACUUUCAUUUCAAUCAACUGAACUUUUUCUGGUAUUUAGAUAUUGAAAAGGGAAGAAAGAAAAUGUCCAACCUCUUUAGAAUUCAUCUAAUAAUGGAGCAUAAAUGUUUUUUUUACUAUUAAUUGAUAAUCAUUGUGCUUGAUUGAGCUGAAAGUGACUCCAAUCAAUGGUAACACAAACCUUUUACCAAAAACGUCCUUGAGUAUCCUCAUACUGUAGCUUCAAUCAGUCUCACACUACUUCUAGUGUAUGUUUAAAGUCAAUAUUGAUAAGAUAAGAUAAGAUAAGAUAUGCGUUUGUUGUCCCCUUGGGGAAAUUUUUCUUGGACUCCAUCCAGCUGCAAUUUACAUUAACUGUGACCAACUUAACCCACUGACCAUGCUUAAAUGUCAAAUGUAUCAAAUCCACGUAGUCAUGGUCCUUAACAGAGCUGUUGUUAAUACUUCAUGAUAAUCUGUUCAUCUCCAUGUUUAGCUUAAAGGAGGAGUGUAGUGGAUUGCACUGUUCAGAGAUACACAGAGACUCUGUCAUGUUUCUAUAAAAGAAUUAUUGAAAGAAAAAAACUUUGA